AAUAUAGAGAAGACAAAGCGGAAUGAGCGGUUCUAAAAACUUGAGCUCAUUAAUAACAAUAGAUAAUAAGAUUUUUCUUGUAACAAAAAUUUACUUUUGAAUAGAUCUAAAUGAGAAACUUAGUCCCCAUAUUAAUAAUUUUCUUUUUUGAUUGAAAUUGUAUUUGGGAGGGGAUUUUUUAAAAAGAACAAAAAAAUUUUUUGCAAUAUUUAUUACUGAUAGUUUAAUUCAUGAUUAAUAAAUAGUGGACAUGUUAUGGUAUAAUUUUACUGGCGAGUUUGAGGUCUUGUUACUUUUAUUUGCAUAAUUGGUAACAAAAUUCAAAUUUUCGAUAUUUUUUUUUAUAGUUUGACUGUGCGUCCGCCAUAUCGAAACUAAAACGCUUGUUACUUUGGCAUUUAUUUAAGAAGAAGUGGAAUUGUUUUAAAAGAAUAAGGAUAAACUAAGUGCAGUAAUGGCGGAUGAUAAGAAGGACGUGAAAAGUGUGGAGCCGGAGCACAUAAACUUGAAGGUUUUGGGCCAAGAUAAUGCUAUUGUGCAAUUUAAAAUAAAAAGGCACACACCAUUACGGAAAUUGAUGAACGCCUAUUGUGAUAGAGUUGGCCUCGCGAUGCAGACGAUGCGCUUCAGGUUCGACGGCCAGCCGAUCAACGAGUCGGACACGCCGAUCAGCCUGGAGAUGGAGGAAGGUGACACGAUCGAGGUGUACCAGCAGCAGACGGGCGGCGUCGCGUGUUGAGGAACCCCCCCAGACGCAAACACGCACGCGCGCGCGAGGACUGAACUUUUGCGGCAUUGCUCCAGAACAGUCCUAGCAGCGGGGGUCGUCACAAAGCUCCCACUCUUGAUCGUUUUUAAAAAAGUUCAUUUCGAACUGGUUCUUCCGAAAACAUUUUUUUCUUUUCGGCGGCCGAGCCGUUCAAACUCCGUUACAGUUCGCGCUGAAGUUAACUAAAUGUUACAACCCCCCCCCCCUUUUUCAACUUUCCCCCCAACCGUAAUUUGUUCACACUUUUUUUUUUUACUGUUCUUGCUGAUGAAGGUCUUAACACAACUGUCAGGGAAGGACUGGUUGUUGAAAAGUAUUUUGUGGAAUAUUUGUAUCGUGUAAUGUGUAGGUACUUUAAACUUAAGUUUUAUGUAGUGUUUUUAUGUACAGUACUUCAGUGUGAAAAUAUUUCCUUUACAUAGAUUGGGGAAAUGUGUAGAGCAGUUUUUUUUCAAUAAUUUUUUUAUUUCAUAUGAGUGUGUUGAGAAACUGUGCAUCUUCACAAUGUUAAGCUGGGUUUAUCAACUUUGCAAGAAACGCAAGAGCACAGGGUUGCCCCGAUACGCUAGGAAACAACGUUAGUUUGUAAAACUCUCUAGUAACGAGAUAUCACCGACUUGCAUUCACUAUGCGAUAAGUUUAAUUAGUGAUGCAUGCGGUGCAAAUAAAACACACAAAUUCUGCAUCUUUAAAACUUGUCAGAAUGCUUCUUAAAAUAUAGAAGGUGGAAAUGCAAUAAGUAUAACUCACCAAUGCUCGCAUUGCAUCUUGCGUUAUUGAACUGUUUGUAUGAUUUGCUUUUUUGUGUUCUUGCAUAUCUUGCAUGGAUUAUAAAUCCUACCUUACUUCUCCUCAGAAGAUGAGCUCUUGUUUAUCACCAGAAGCACUUCAUUAUGAGAAGCACCACUAACAUUCAGUAAGUUUUUUGAGAUGCAUUUGGUUACCAGUACAUGUUCUUUCAACUAACUUAAAAAAAAAAAAAUGUACAUUUUGUUAAGCAUUCAUGUUGUCUUUCCAGUUGUAGCAGCUGUACCCAGGUUAUUUGUAAAUCUGAGAUAUAACAAGAUAAGCUUUUACUGAAACAAUAAUGGUUUGUAAAAAAAUCUAUCACCUGUACAAGCCCUUGAAAUUUAGGGGUAAAUUUGAAAAAUACCAAUUAAUAAAAUACAUACAGUAAACUCCCGGUAUAUCGCGCCUCGAUUGAUCGCGGAAUCGGGUAUAUCGCGGGUCAAACCAUGUCCCCCAGUCAGAAAUGAAUAAUAAUAAUGGAAUAAAUGGUUGACAGCCGAUUAGGAUAAUUUUGCGUUGUAACUAACAAACUAAGCAUCGGGCAGAAAAAAGCCUAGGCGUAGAAAAUGUCCGCAGUAAAAUUCUAAACAAGAUAUCUCCGUACAUUAUUCCUCUAUCUUGUAGGGUUUUAAAAUUAUGGUCCAAUCCAGCCCAGUGAUAUUUUCUGAAACACUAGUUCUUAACGUCGCUUUAUCUCACAAAUGAAGCAUCGGACAGGGGACCUGAUAAAGCCCACCGUCCAGCGACAUCCAGCGUGACUCGGCUGGGGAUUGAUGUUGGAUAGGCUUGGUUGUCGGCAAGCGCUGGGUAGGGAGAGGCUAGCCGAGAACAUGGAGAGAGGUAGAGAUUAGAGCGGGCAGAAACACGAGGGGGAGUGGGGGAGGGAAUGUGUUCACGCAGCACACAGGCAGAGCAUGAGUCACUUGACUGAGCAGCGUCCCUGCGUACAAGGCAAAAUCAGGGAGUCCGGUGUUUAAAAUUCCACUCCAGAAUCUUAAUUGGUACUUUACUGGACAUCUGUAUAUAAAUGUUUUGUUACAACUUAAACCUACAGACGUAAUAUUAUUGGGUAAUUCAUUGUAUUAUACAAGUUCAUCUUUUUACUUUGGUAUAAUGUUUUAACAUUAAAUAGUAAAGUAAAUCGGCUAGCGUAUUUUUAAUCUUUGCCCAGGAAUUCCCAGUGGUCCAAUAUUUACGUGAACCAUACUGUACCACUUUUGACGUGAGGUAGUAAACAAGUCCCGGAAAUGUUUAUGUGUAGCGGUCUCCCGACCUUUAAACAGAGGCUGGGGAAUAUAACACUUGCCGAUCCGAGCCACACACACUCAGCAACUCGACACAGCGUUUGGUGAAAUAAGUAAAGACAAAGUUUAACACGGUUUUUAAUACGGCGUCACUGAUUGCGCUAAAAUUAAAUUGGCGCAAUUUUUGUUUCCCACAUGUGACCAUUUAUAAUUUACUGUAAGCAUGGAUAAUAAAGUUUAACCACUUGACACGAUAGACGAUUCUUUAUUUUUUAUUGUACGAAUGCUAGAAUCGUUUUUUCCCUGUAUCUGCGGCCUGCUUCUACAAAAGACAAGCUAUCUGUAAGUAAAUCUAGAAUUUUUAUUUUGUCAAUCAAACUCGGUACUUUGCGAUUCAUAUUCGGUUUGAAGUAUCACGACGGCCUUUCUUUUUAGAAGACUUUGACCACAGACUCGUGUGUAACCGCACACACUGCACUUACUUUGUUACGGACACUGACGAAGCAGAUACUGUGGCUAACAACACGAGACUGGCAGCAGCAGCUUGUGUGCCGCACGUGUGUAUGGCAGCGUGUGGCGCGCUCGUAGGCCGUGCGACAAACUGUGCGCGGCACGCGGAAAAAUAAAAACAAUUCAACAUUUAAUAUUUAUCUUUAAAAUUUAUUAUUUUUAUUUUUUCACCCGUGUUUAGUGAAAACUGCGGAUGCAAAGUCCGCACAAAGGCGGGCCGUCUAUACUGUGCGUGCUUGCCGACCUAUUAGAACACAGGCGGUGUUUUAUGCCUUUUGACCUUGGUCACAUCGAAACAUCGCGGUUAUGCAACAACGCGGGUAAAAGUUAUGUCCCCCGACAACCGCGUUAAAUAGGGAGUGUACUGUAUUUUUUUUUUUUUUGGUAAUGAUGGUGUUGUACUGAACAUUCUGCUUAUAUCAUUUUAAAUUGAGGGUUGAUUUUUUUAUUAUUAUUAUUAUUUUUUUUUUCAUAUUAAAAUUUGCAUGAAGAAGUGUUAUGAGAAAGGACAAGAUUCUGUGGUUUUAUUUUAAGAUCAAUUUCGAUUUUAAAACAGCAGAUUAUGGUGUUACUGUUAAAACUUUUUACAUUGUCUUUAUUCAUAAAAAAUAAUGUACUAUUUAACAAAUAAUAAACUAAAAUAUUUCUUAGUACUUAUUUAUAUUUUCCCAAAUAGUCUUGUUUUGACUGACACAUUCAUGGUGCUCUUUUACAACAAAGUCAUUAGUAAUAACAAUAAACAUGUCUAGAACCUAACUACUCAGAAAGUAUGUCAGCAAAUUUUUGUGUCUUUGAAAACAUCAUUAAUGUAAAUACACAUUAUUAAUAAAAGAUGUGCAAGAUUAAACAAUGUAAUAUUAAUUUUUAUUUUUUUUCAGAACUGUUUAGUUCAUUCAUUUUGGUACAUAAUUAUAGAUAAAAAAAAUACAUCCAAUGAAUUUACCAUACUUAAAUAUUAAGUUGAGUUUUGUCAAAUUGCUGGUUUUCAUAAUUUUAGUUAUAUUUAUGUGCUAAAUGGGGUAUUGAUACGUUUUACGGUGUUAUUUUGGUUUUAUCUCAAUUUACCAUUCAAUCUUGUUCCUAGUUGAGGGUUUGCUGGAAAUUGAGGAAAUUUGGUUCCAAAUAAACAAAAAUGUUUUUAUGUUGUAAAUCUCUUGGUCUCACGGUUUUUGAGGUAAGCAGACAGUGGUUGUGUGUGCUUGUAAUUUGAACACGUUUUGCUGUUGUGCUUAGUUGGUGUCAGCAGUAUCACUUGUAGUUUCAGGGAGUCCACAUUCUGGAAAGUCAGGGAAGUUUUAAUUGAGAAAUUAAAGGAAUUUUCUUGAUAUCCUGGAAGAGUUGUGGAAAUUCCCCAGUGGAAAAUUUAAUGCUCCAAUGUGCCAUUAGCCACACUGUUAAAAAUAAAAAAUAAAAUAUUUUUCAGGUGGUGUUUUAGUUUCACACAAAAAAAAAUUCAAGACCGUUCUGUGGGUAUGUUGGAGGCUGUAGUUUUCUUAUUCCUUUCAGAAAAUCAUAAAAUAGAUCAAUUAUUAAAAAAAAAGAGAGCGAGAAAUUUGAAAUGUUGAUUAUGGUGUCAGGAAAAAAUUUUUGUUGCAGAUUUGUGUAGACACUCUUACUGUCCAUAAAUAUACAGUAAUUAUUAAGGAAACUUCCCUUGCCUAUUUAAACUUUUUGUGCAGUCACCUUGAAAAAAAAACCAAGUUAAUUUAUUUUCCAGUGUGAUUAACGGAUAUUCACAUCACGCACACCACCAUUGCUAUUCACCUUGAAAAACGGUGGCUAUAAGAGUACAAAGAGUACUUUUUACCAUCUGCUGUGGAAUAAUGACUUUAAUGCACGUUUUAUCACAAAAACGGCAGUAGCUGCUAUUUUUUUUAUAUGAUGGGUUUGGCAGCAUUUUCAAUACCUUUGUGUUAUCGAAGCAAGGACUGGUUUUAGUUAAUUAUAUGGCACUCUCAGCUACUGUUUCUCAAGUAUUCUUCCAUAAUAUGUAAAAUAUCACACCAUCGAGUUCACUUUUCUGAUGGGUAAAUACUAUCAUCGACAUUUUUAGUUUGACAGUGGAAUGUUUUACAAUCGUUUCUGCGAAAGAUACUAAUUAUUAUUUUUUUGAUCAAGUGGAAUACUCUGUAUGGCGCAGCAUCUUAUUGCCUCAACAUUUUUUAUUAAAUAAGCACAUUUGUUGAUUGGCUAGACCAGCGGUUUCCAAAAGGGGUUCCGAGGAACCCUGGGAUUUAAUGAGUCGGGACGAAUGUCACAUAAUGCAGGCACAAUUAUUGUCAAAUAACUUUCUUUGACGGGAGUUGGGGCUCUGCCAAAAGAAAAGUCAACCAUAGGGUUCCUUGGCAAAAAAAAAAAAAUUGGGAACUGCUAGGCUAGACUAUAUUUUAGAUUAACCAUAGAUUAUUUCCAUUAUUCAUUCAUUGUAUUCUUAUGUGCGGGGAAUAAAUAACCUGGUGAAGUUGGUACCAAUGUAUUAGAAACAGCUUGUGUAAUGAAUGGGUAACUGAUAUGAAUGUUUUAAGAGCUGCAACUUCAGAUUUAAUAACAGUGUAUUUAUUGAUGGCAGUCAUUUUGUUCAGGGAAAAAAAAUGUUGAUUGACUCAAACUGUUGUAAUAAGUAUAGCUAUUUCUCACAGUUGUGAAUGUACUUUUCACAUAAAAAAUGUGAAUAAAUUGGAGCAUUUGUCUUAAA